AUGAUUGUCCCACGCUCAUCUUGCCGUCUGGCGAGACACGCAAUCUCCCCGGCGCAGCUCUGCCGGAGCUCGAAACGAGCCGCGCCUGCGGGUGCGGUGUUUGGACGACUACAGGCGGAUCGUCGUUACAUGAGCGCCGGCGCUUAUCGGACCCCUGCUGGACUGAAGGAUCUUCUGCGCGUCUCUGAGGAGGUCGCAGACGCCGUCGCAACCAACAAGCCCGUUGUUGCUCUCGAGUCGACAAUUUACACCCACGGCGCGCUGGGCAAUGACCUCGGUCUGGAGGAUGUCGUCCGCCAGGGCGGCGGCGUGCCCGCGGUCUGUGGCAUUCUCAACGGCGAGCCUGUCGUCGGUUUGACUGAGGCGGAGGUUGCGCAGAUGGUUGACUCUGGCACUGCCAGCAAGGUUUCGAGAAGGGACGUUGCUCACCUGGUUGGACUGACGAACCAGGGCAUCACGGGCAAGAAGGUUCACGGCGGCACAACCAUCGCCGGGACCAUGCUGCUCUCAAGACUUGCCGGUAUCCGAAUCUUCGGCACUGGCGGCCUAGGCGGCGUCCACCGCGGCGGCGAGAACACCAUGGACGUCUCAGCAGACCUCACAGAGCUCGGCCGUACUCGUGUGGCGGUUGUGAGCGCCGGGUGCAAGGGGUUCCUCGACAUCCCACGCACGCUCGAGUUUCUCGAGACGCACGGCGCCUUCGUCGCGACAUUCGCCGACGGCCGCACAGGUCAGGUCGACUUCCCCGCCUUCUGGGCCCGCGACAGCGGCACCAAGAGUCCCCUGGUGGUCCAGACCGAGCGCGAGGCUGCCGCCAUGAUCCUGGCGCAGGAGAGGCUGGGCAUCGAGUCCGGCAUGCUCUUCGCCAACCCCAUCCCCGAGGAGUACGCCAUCCCCCGCGCGGAGAUGGACGCCGUCAUCGAGACGGCGGUCACGGAAGCCAUGGAGAAGGGGUUCACUGGGGCCGCCAACACGCCGUACGUGCUUGGCAGGAUCAGGAAGUUGACACAGGAGCGGAGCACGCUGGCCAACAAGGCCCUGGUGAGGUCCAACGUGGCGCGGGCCACCAGCAUUGCGGUGGAGCUCUCGAAGCUGCUGAACGGGGACGCCGGUUCGGAAUCCGUCUCGUCAAACACGUUUGUUUCUGGUUAUGACAUCGCUGCCACCGCGAAGCCCGCGACCAAGGCGGAGGCGCCCAAGUCGAGCAAGGCGGAUGUCCUUGUGGCAGGGUCCGUGGCAGUUGACUUGAGCUGUGACUAUCAACCCCUUGGUGACAAGAAAGAGGUUUCCCCUCAUAUGCAUACGUCAAAUCCUGCCCGCAUUAGCCAGUCCAUCGGCGGCGUCGGUCACAACGUUGCUCUCGCUGCCCACAGGGUGAGCGAAGACCUUAGUGUACGCCUCUGCAGCUUGAUCGGAGACGAUGUUGCCGGAGCAACGGUACUCUCCUCCCUCGAAGCCUCGGGUCUCGAGACGACCUACAUCCGCCAGCUCACCUCCGACUGCCACGUUUCGAAUCGCACCGCGCAGUACGUCGCCGUCAACGACGCCGAGAAGAACCUCGUCAUGGCCAUGGCCGACAUGGGCAUAUUCACCAACCACUCGUUCCCAGACUACUGGAAGUCGGCCGUCGCUGGCGCCAAGCCGCGCUGGCUCGUCGUCGACGGCAAAUGGAGCCCCAAGGACAUCCGGGCGUGGAUCCAGGCCGGUCGAGAGCAGGCCUGCAAGGUCGCCUUCGAGCCCGUCUCGACAGCCAAGUCUAUCAGCCUGUUCCCACGAGAGCACCCGCACCUCGGCGUGUUCCCAAACCCGGGCAUCGACAUCGCGUCGCCGAACCACUACGAACUGACGGCUAUGUACAGCGCAGCGAAGGAGAAUGGCUUCUUCGAUACCCCUGAGUGGUUCGAGGUUAUCGAUGCGUUUGGAAUGCAUGGCGCUAGGGAGCGCUUUGUAUACCUGACAUCUAGGGAGAUGACAGAUGCGGGCAUCCCUGUACAGAUGAUUCAUCUCCUGCCCUAUAUCCCUACCAUCGUCACGAAGCUGGGAUCCAAGGGUGUUCUUCUGACCACGAUCUUGGGCAAGAACGAUCCUCGUUUGAAGGAUAGGAACGAAGAGAGGUGGUUGCUCACCAGGGCCCACGUUGACCACCCCACAAUCGGUGGCGUGUACAUGCGUCUGUUCCCGCCGGCGGAAACGGUUGCCGUGGAAGACAUCGUCUCUGUCAACGGCGUUGGAGACACGUUCUUGGGUGUCAUGAUUGCAGGCUUGUCUCAGGGAGGCAAGGUUGAGCAUUUGAUCGAUGUUGCGCAGAAAGCGGCGGUGUUGACGUUGAAGAGUCACGAAAGUGUGAGCCCUGACUUGGGAAGACUUGACCGGCUCUUGAAGGCCGCCGUGAAGAGUUGA